AUGUCAUUCAACUUUUCAAAUUUAACAAAAGACAUUAAGUCAUUUGGUGAUAAAUUAAGUACAGAAUUUAAUAAGGAAGUUGUACCAUUAGCUCAAAGAACUUCAAGAUUAAUGCAAGAAAGAAUGGGAAAAAUUAAUCAAGAUGAAAUAUCUCAAUUACCUAGUGAAUAUAUUGAAUUAGCUACAAAAUGUAAUAAUAUUGAAAAAUUAUAUAAAAAUGUUUUAAAAAUAACUUCCAACUACGAGUCUGAAUCUUAUGAUUAUCCAACAAAUUUACAAGAAUCUUUUUCUGAAAUUAGUUCAAAUAUUACUACAAGAUUUAAUAAUUUAAGUAAAGCUACCACUACAGCUGAAGCUCAAGCUGCUUUAAUUAAUUCAAACUCUGAAAUUGCAAAACAACCAAAAACUUUAUAUCAUGCAUUAAGUAGAGCAUCAAAUGCAAGUAUAUUAACCAACAAGACAGAUAUUUCAUCAGAAGCUAAUGAUCCAUUAAUUAAAGGAUUAGAUUUAUAUUCAUCAAAUUUAAACAAGAUUGCAAAUGCAAGAUUAGGACAAGAUCAAUUAAUUAAAUCAAAAUUUAAUAAACCUUUAACAACAACAUUAAGAUCAUUAAUUUCUCAAUCAAAUAAUAUUCAAAAAAAAGUUGAAGAAAAAAGAAUUGAUUAUGAUUUAAGUAGAUAUAAUUUAACUAAUUGUAAUAAUCCAACAAAAGAAUCAAAAUUAAGAGUUGAUAUGGAAAAUGCAGAAGAUGAAUUUGCAAAUACUGUUGAAGAUGCUAUUAAUAUUAUGCAAAAUGUUAUUGAAAAUGCUAAACCUUUACAGGAAUUUUUAGAGUUAAUAAAGGCUCAAUUAGCUUAUCAUAAAUUAGCUUCUGAGAUUUUAGGUGGUAUGGUUGGAGAAUUUGAUAAUUUGAUUGAAGAACAAAAUAAAUUGAAUAUGGGGUCAAAAAAUGCAAAUAGUAGAGAAAGUGGAGAAUUUGAUAUUUAA